AUUACUUCCUUUGAGCUCUUCCAGCCGCGCACCGGGCGUCAGGAGGAAACAUCUCAGACAAAAUGUUGACUAAAGUCAUCGGUCAGAAGUACGUGUCCAUCGCUAAAACAUGGAUCCCCACUCUUGCUAUAUGGGGCAGCGUUGGAGGAGUCGCUCUUGUCCACUUCACAGACUGGAGGUUGUUUCUGGAUUAUGUUCCCAUCAUCAACGGCAAAUUCAAAAAGGACGAUUAAUGGCAGCCAGGUCAGUACUACUUUUUACUCAAAGACUUGAAUAAUGAACAGAAGCUGCUGCAGCCGGUACCUUGCACUGUUGUCCACCUGCAUGCCAGGCCACUGGUCAUCUUCACCCUGCAGCUCAGUCAACAUCAACCUAUUCACCACCAACAUCCAGCGGAAAUGCAUCAUGAUUUGGCAUUUCAACUUUUCCUCUGCCAAAACCUGAUUGGAAGGAAAAUGUAAACAGGGAGGAUAAAUGGACUCUUGUUUUUUUCUUUUGCUGUUCAGUUUGGGUUUAGGUAUUUAUUUUUAAUCAUCAAUUCUGUGUGAGAUGUGGAUCAAACCUGAUUCACAAAAUAAAAAUCUGUCCUUUAUGUCAUGCUGUAAUUGUUUUGAUGAGAAUAGGUAAAAUAUGUGAGAUUUAUCCUGAAA